UCUUUCCCCCCGCUUUGCAUCAAAUCAAUGGGUGGUGGAUCCAGUCGCCCUGUCCCGACCAAGCUCGGCCAGACGCUCGACCCCGAAGAGCAUCAGUAUCUCGUCCAAGUCUUUGACUCGAUUGUGGCGAUGCGCGAAUUGACUGGCAUCGACGCCGAGUCGCUCAAAGACUUUACCUUCCCACUGUCGUCCAAGGCGACCAUCCGGCUAUUCAACUACUGCUAUGCACUGGCACACGCCAAGACGACCGCGGCCUCGCAGCACAGCCACAGCCACAGCCACAGCCACAGCCACAGCGGCAACAACGGCAGCGGAAGCGGGUCGUCGGCGGGAGGGCACCACCACACCGGCCACCUGGCCGCCACGGUCGGCCCCGGCGGCGAUCUGAGCGCACUACUGAGCAAGCCAGAGUUCUUUGCGGCGCUGGCGAGCGGGUACAAGGACGGCGCAGAGUACCAGAAGGAGGUCUUCCGCGCGCUCUGGUGCGACAUGACCAUGCGCCCGGUCGUCUCGGACGCGUCGUACACGAUGCCUGCUGACGAGGUCGAGCAUAUUCUCGGCAACAUUGUGCGCGCCGUGCGGGAGCUCGGGUACAAUUUCGCAGCCAACCAGCAGUUUGACGUGCUCGAGCGCAACGAGGCCAAUGCCCAGCACGCGCCGUUCGUGCAGGCGUCGGAUGGGGACGCUGCACAGUCAGCCAAGCUGCCAAAGUCACAGCCACCACCAGCCAAUCCUCGCUUUGUCGAGUACCUGAUGCGCCACAUGGUCCCGGCGUUGCACGCGAGCGAAAUUCUGGCAGCGUUUCACGAAGAGGAGGCCAAGGCAUCCGAGGACCCGGCCUACGUCAAGAAGCCCCUCCAGUACGAAGCCGCGCUGCCCAGCGCCAUUCCCAUGUCGAGCAGCGCCUUUGAAUCGUGGCUGCGGGCGUGUCCGUUGCUCUCCGCGCUCCUGCAGUCGCUCUUCCGACUGCUGAUUGCUCGCGAGCUGCAGCAGACGCCGUCCAUUUUCAAGUGCUCUCCGUUGUUGUCGCCUUCGCUCACUCCUCGGCUGUCCAUGCUGCUCGACCAAGAGUCCUUGUGGAUGAUCAACUCGCAACUACCCACCGAUCUGCGCCGCGAAUGGCGCCGCGUUUAUCUCAACACCGAGAACGGCGACAGCUUCAAUCGGUUUGCCUCCAGUCUCGAGCAGGCGUACACCCCCACCGUCAUCAUUGUGCAAGACAAGGGUGGACACAUUUUUGGCGGCUUCUCGGCGACAAAGUGGGCCAUUAACUCGAACUUUGUUGGUUCCGAACACAGCUUCCUAUUCUCGUUGGUGCCCAAAAUGCGCGUGUACCCGUCGACCGGCCUUAACUCGAACUUUGUCUACUACAAUCAGGGGAUGAAGACUUUGCCAAACGGAGUGGCAUUUGGAGGGCAGUUUGACUAUUUCGGCCUGUACAUUGACAGCGCGCUUCACAAAGGACACAGCAAAGGCCACCCCAUUAGUAGCACGUACAGCAAUCCAUCCUUGUCAUCCACCCCAGAGUUUCAGGUGGAUCGCGUUGAGGUCUGGUCGGUGGGACCGCUGCCAGAUCCCGAAACGUUGGAGACGGCGUCAAAGUCAAAAGCCGGUGCGAGCAUUUUGGACGAUGCAGCCGAGCGUGCCAUCAUGGAUAUGGCCGGCAAGCCGCACUACAGUGACGGCAUGCGAGCCAAGAAAGAAGACGACGACGACACCUUAGAGACGGGGAAAUCCACCAAGAGCCUGGCAAAUGCAUAGUUGGCUAAAGAUGUGCUGUGUUGUGCCUAAAAAACAACCUGAUUAGAACUAUUUGUACGAAAAUCCAUUCACA